AUGAUACUUAGCAACCAGGUAACAAAAUUAGUGAAAGAAGGAACUAGGAAAACCACAUUAACAAUCGGUGAUGGUGCAAAUGAUGUUGGUAUAAUUCAGGAAGCAAACAUUGUUAUUGGUAUUAGUCGAUGUGAAGGAAUGCAGAUCCCAAGAGAUGAAGAAGGCGAGCCUCUCUAUGAAGAUUUUAUCUACCAAGGGUGUGCUGCUAUUUGCUCUUUUUUGACGUACUAUCUCGAAACCAUUUCAGCAUCGAUUAGGAUCAACGUAGCAAAUUUGACGAAAGAGAAAGCAGUUCUGGAAGAUUUGCCUUCUUCUAUGAAGUUAUGA